CGGCAGCUCCCCAGCGACGCCGCAUCCCUGCCGCUGUGCACGCGUUUUAGGUGUUUAAUCUAUCAACCAGUUGAUAAUCUCGAGUCCUGUGCAGCGCUGCCGUUGCAGCUUACGCAGCCGUGACAAACACACAAAGCUCUCACAGCUCUCACAAAUACUAUGCGACCGCAAACAUCCGCACUGCUCGCCGCGGCAGCCGCCACAGCCGCAUGGCUCCUCUACAAGAAAAAGAAGAAACGACGCGUCGUCAUCACGGGCUGCUGUGGUAACCUCGGUCGCAAGCUCGGCGCCUACCUCCAGGAACGAGGCGUCGAGGUCGUCGGAAUCGAGCACCCCGACUACUGCGCGAAGGGCUCCGAGCCGCCCUGCGACCGAGUGGUCCAAGGAGACGCCCAGCAGCCCGGCGGCGUGCCGUGGCGCCGCGUCCUCGCGGGCGCCGACGCCGUCGUCCACUUCAGCGCCGUGAAUCCUUACCCUAACGCAGACUGGUCCGAGAGCAGCGGGUCCAUGGACCACGCCUUCAACGUCGCGCUCGCGGCCGCCGACGCGGGCGUGCCCCGUUUCAUCUUAGCUUCCUCGAACCAUGUCAUGGGCGGCUACAAGGACGACCAUAAACAUGGCGUGGUAAAGCCGUCGGACGCGCCGCGCGUCGGGACGGCGCUCAACGACCCCGCUGCUGCCCAGCGCGCGGGCGACGCCGUCGCCUACGCCGCGGCGAAGCUGGCCGCGGAACGGCUGCUGGCGGCGCUCGCGCACGUGCGGCCGCGCACGGUAUUCCUCGCCCUCCGGGUCGGCUGGUGCCAGCCGGGUAUCAACUCGCCGCGGACCAUCGGGGCCUCGGGCGUGCCGCCCGCCUUCGAAACCGCCGGGGCGGCGGCAUCCGUCAAGGACGACUCGCACGACGACGCCUGGUUCCGGGGCAUGUGGCUCUCGAACGGCGACUUCCUGCGCCUCUUCGGCGCCGCGGCGCUGUCGGACCGUAUUCCGGGGUCGGGCUACCACUGCGUCAACGCCAUGUCCGCGAACACUAAUGCAAGGUGGUCGCUCGACGAGACGGAGGCGCUCCUCGGCGUGCGGCCCCGCGACGACGCGGCGAGCUAUGGCUAGCUCACGUUAUACGCCAUCGCCGCGCGUAAGUUAAUGUGGUG